AUGUACGACGGUGUUGCAAAGGACAGCCUCCAUCAAGCCAACAUGGGCAAUCAUGGCGUAUGCAGACUGGGAGAUGCUGUUGUCAAAUGCAACUUUGACCCAAUUAUCUUAGAAGAAGCUGAGACUCUGCUUUUCCUUGCAGAAAAGCGGCCUGAGCUGCGCAUACCUACUGUCUUAGCUAUCUGGUCGGCUACAAAAGAGAACGGGGACAUAGUUUAUUGCUUUAUGAUGAAUCUCAUCGAAGGCAUUCCGCUUAGUCACAACAAGUUUGCAGAACUGUCUAUCUACGCACAAGACACUAUCUGUGCCAAAGUGUCCUCGCAACUCCGCUACCUCCGCGACCUGCCCUCAGAAGGCUACUACGGCCGACCUUACCGCAAAGGCUGGAUACGUGCAACACCAUCCCUAGACACAAAUACCAGCGGCUUCCUAGCUGUUACAGGGCCGUACGAAACCUACGAAGAAUUCUGCGCAGCUAUAUACCGUGCUCGGCAACUGAAAGACGCUAUGUCCAAUUCACUUCCAGAGUGGCAUCCUACAGACGCAGAAUUGACGGCUCGUUUUAUAUCUACCCUCUCUGGCUGGGCGCCUAACGAACCAAAGUUCACGUGGAUAGAUCCGCAGAUUACCAACAUAAUUGCGCGGCAGGUUACAGCAGACGACGGAAGCGAAGACUGGGAGGUCUUCCUAAUUGAUUGGGAGGGCACGGGCUGGUACCCUGCGUGGCUGCAAGGUGUACAACUCAGCGUCCGUGGCGGCAUCGCGCUAGUCCACGGCGGAGGAGACUACAGUAUCCACAGAGGUCGGGAACCUGUAGAUAUGAUGUUGAAGGACUUCGACCCGAAACCGGAUGAGGAGAGGCUUGCGGCGAUUCGCAAUGACUACUGGAGGUUUUACUAA